AUGGUUUUGAAGGUGUGUCAGAUUAACGCCAACCACUGUCGGGCGUCGCAGGAUUUAAUGACGCAAUACGCUUUAGAGAAUAAAGUGGGCAUCUGUUGCUUCGCGGAGCCGUGGCGAAUCCCCGUGGACAACCCGCACUGGCUCUCAAGCUCGGAUUCGACGGCAGCCAUACUCUGGAAUCCCGACCUUACUGGACCUGGCAGUGUGGUAUUUCAUCGCUCAAACAACAUAGUUGGUGCGCGCUUUGGCAGUGUUCAAGUGAUCUCGAUUUACAUAUCCCCGAACGUGAACGUGGGACGCUUUUUGGAGUUUAUCGAUAGGUUGUCGGACGCGGUGGUCUCCGCUCGCGGCCCUGUGGUAAUAUGCGGGGACUUUAACUCAAAAUCGGCUUAUUGGGGGUCCUCCGUUGAUGAUCGUAGGGGGGAGAUUCUCCUUGGUCUAGCCGACCAACUUGAUUUGGUCUUAUGUAACAGGGGGAACGAACCCACGUGCGUGCGUCCUCAGGGAUCCUCCAUUGUUGACCUUACGUGGAUCUCAGCUCAGUCUGCGAACAAAAUUAAAAACUGGAGUGUCAUCCGUGACGUAGAAACAUUGUCGGAUCACAGGUUGAUCACAUUUUCGAUCCAUAAUCGUCCUGUAAAUAUUGUACAUAGCGCGAGUAAUAGCAUUAAGAAACUGUAUCCUCGCUGGUCUCUGAAGGGCCUAGAUGCUGAGCUUCUGUCAUCUACGUUCGAACUUCUCAGCUCUGGUCUUGACGAGAACCAGCCACCGGACUGUCUUGCUGACGACGUGGGAAAGUGGAUCUCGGACGCCUGUGAUGUGGCGGCCACGAGGGUUGGAACUCGCCCGCCAAAAAGAGCAGUAUAUUGGUGGAACGAAGAGACGGCCACCGCGAGGAGGGUGUGUGUUGCUGCUCGUAGGAAAUAUACAAGAUCAAGAGUGACCGGAAACGUCGAUGAAGAAGUGGAUAGAGCCUAUCGAGUAGCUAAAAGGACCUUGAGAAAGGCGAUCCGGAUCUCUAAAGCCAACGCCUGGAGAGAACUAGUACUUGGAGUAGAAGAAGAUAUGUGGGGCCUGCCAUAUAAAAUGGUAAUGGGCCGUCUUCGGAGAUCUUCGCCUGCCCUUUCGGAAACUCUGAGUCCCGAGGCCCUUGAGGAGUUAAUGGACUCGCUCUUUCCGGAGGGGGAGACCCAUUCCCCAGAGGAAAUAUGGCGCAACUGGGACGGAGAACGAUUUAUGGCCGCUGACAACAUAAGCGUUUUGGAGGUCUUCCGGGCGAUAAAACAGGACAAGAAGAAGUCUAAUCCUGCCCCUGGACCGGACGGAGUUGGAGCGGCAAUAUGGAGGAGAACUGCUGACAUCGCCUCCAACAGACUGGCCAGAUCUUUACGGCCUGUUUAA